AUGAAAUACAGUAUUCUCAGUAGUACAACUGCAGUUCGGCUAUGGCCACAUGAAGUCCCACAAACCAACUGUCAGCCAAAAAUUAUGAAUAGCAGCUUGAGCUGGCUUGAGGCCAGCUUAAGUUACAUUUACUAUUGGAUUUUUGUACUCCUCAAAGUUCAAGUCAUCAAGCACUAUGAAUCUCAUGAAGUGCCAGAGUGUAUCAGAGGAGACUUAUCAACCUUUGUGCAGGCUUUCAGUGAGGAAUUCAUAGUCCACCACCUGCAACACUUUGCAGAACAUUAUCACAUUGAAAACAUCAUCCCUCCCCAGCACGGUAGCACAGCAACAAUGGUGGUGCUCUUGAGAGAUGGUGCUGAUGGUAUUGACAUUGAGAGAUAG